AUGGGUGUGGACGACGAUUCAGCCCCCCCGAAUGUCGAUGUGAAGGAGGAAGCUACACAGGCUGUUCGUACCCGCUGGCGACCUCUUAUUGAGAUAGUCCCCUUGGAAAUCUGGAGGGAAUGCUGGAUGUAUGCGAACGCCCGUGGCCAUAGGACUCUGACCUCCGUUUGCAGACUGUUCCGCGACAUCUGCCUCCCAUUCGUUUUCAAGGAACUCUCGUACUCACCAGCGAUAGGACAGGCGCUUGCAGACACGAAUGACAACACUUCGGCGCGUAAAGGUUGGGUCUACGACAUGAAAGCACGAGCCAAACGUAUGACAGAACUCGCCGGCAGUCAACAACACGCGUCCAUGGUGCGUGAAUGCAAGCUCUACGCCUUUUUCGGCACUCGUAGACGCAAGGCCAUCAAGAGAUCCAACCCCGUCAAAAGCGCAUAUAACGCCUUCGUAGAGGCUUUCGUAUCCGCACUGCCCCGUUUUACAAACCUGACUCGGGUGGAUAUAACCGCAGAUCUGGACAUCGACAACAGGAUCCUCAGUGCCCUUGCCUUCAUCCCAAAAAUUGAUUCUGUAUGCCUCAGCGGGACGUUCGCAAGAGGUGAAUCAAUAGACCCAUUAAUCAAGCCCAGGAUUCUGGAGGUGUAUCAAGAAGAUGGCAUCGAAUACUCGGACCCUCCAUCCAACGUACGGCGGGUUGUUUCCGUUCAGCGGCUGGAAGAACUUCACCUUCAUUCAUAUAUUCUCGCCCCCCGGAUCAUGUAUGCGCUCACACCGCAAGGGAAUUGCUCGCGUCUCACAGUCUUGGAGAUCGACUUCGUCACAGGGCACGCCGCUGUUCUCUCGGCGUUUCUGGGAGUCUGCCCCCAACUUCGUACUCUCCUCAUCAACGAUCACUACGACUUCGACCCACAGCCGGCAUUUUUCGAGUUUACGAUCUCACCGACGACAAUUCCCCUCCUCGAGGCUUUCUUCGGCCCUGUCUUUCUAGCAAGUCUGAUUAUCCCCGGUCGUCCAGUACGGAAAAUCGCCUUAGACUUGUUUCAAUGGGACAAGACGUUAGACGCCGUCGUUACAACACUGGAACGGUUGAGUCGAAGCACAGGCCCCGUUCGCGAGCUCAAGCUUCCCGCCGUCGUUUGCUAUCCCGACGUCCCGACUACGAUUGCACGGUUAUUUCCUGACCUGACAAGCCUCAAAUUUCGCGUCGACGAUGCAGAACAUGAGCAUGAUGUCAACUGUGCGCCAGAAGAGAGAACUCUAGUAGACGACGAAAGACGGUUGGAUUUCGUCGUUCACAGGCAUCAUUGCCCGUUUAGCUACGAGGGUUUGUUAUGCCAGAUUGCCAGCCUGCAAGUCUCCCUCCCUCGAGGACUGGAACGCCUGAGGCUGAAUCAAUUUGACAUGACCCUCCGGGACAAUAAUAGGAUGUUCGGCCAGUGUCUAUCGGGUGCAGUGGCAACUGUUGUUGCGACCUUGUUAGGAGCCACGUAUCCGCUGAAGGAGCUCUGGAUUGGGAAAGAGCAUCCCGAUGUGACCUUCCAACGGCAGGAAUAUCGGGGGGAAUGGAAAGUCGUACUGCGGCGUCGAGACCAUUGGCAUCCCUCUUAUGACGGAGAUUGGGACUAA